AUGAAGGCAUACCAUUCCACUUUCCCAGUUGACCCACAAAAUGAUAGAAUGAUCGGUAAUUUUGCUCUAUUACCAUUAAAUUCCAAAUUUAGAGGCCCAGCGUAUCCAGCAAAUUCUGAUUACGAUAUAAUUGAUGAAUGUUUAGACCUUUUCCGUGCAAAUUCAUUCUUUAAGAAUUUCGAAAUUAAAGGCCCCGCUGAUCGUGUUCUUAUCUACGGUAUUCUUUUUAUCAAUGAUUGUCUUUCUAAUUUGAAAUUAGUCACCUCGUAUAAUGAAGCUAUUAAGACUUUAACAAAUGUGGCAUUGGAUAAUUUUAGUAUACCGGGUACACCUGGUUUCCCAUUAAAUAAUGUCUAUUCAAUCCCUUUGGAAAAUCAUAAUGACGUAGAACUAUUGAAAUCUUAUAUCCAACAAUUCCGUCAAGAAUUGGCCAUGAGAUUGAUUGAAAGAGUUUAUAAAGAUUCAAAAGAUCAACCUUCCAAAUUUUGGUUGGCUUUCACUAGAAGAAGAUUCAUGAAUAAAUCUUUGUGA